AUGGACAUUGGGAUUAUAGCUGCAGAUUGUCUCUUUCAAUUGGUUCCGGAGCAGGCUGGUUAUUAUGUUUUGUUAUCAAACAUUUAUGCUAAGGCUGGAAGAUGGGAAGAAGUUUCCGCCAUUCGAUCAAUCAUCAUGAAGGGAAGAGGAAUCAAGAAAACACCUGGUUUUAGCAAUGUCGAGCUUGAUCAUAAGGUCCACACCUUUCUUGCUGGCGACCAAUCCCAUCCACAAUCCAAGGAGAUCUACGAAGAGUUGGAUGUAAUGGUAGGAAAGAUGAAAGAGGCAGGUUAUGUACCUGAGACAGACUCAGCGCUUCAUGAUUUGGAGGAAGAGGAUAAGCAAUAUCAUCUAACAGUUCACAGUGAGAAGUUAGCUAUCGUCCUCGCACUUAUUAAUACCAAACCUGGUACGCCAAUCCGGAUUACCAAGAAUCUACGUGUUUGUGGGGACUGCCAUAUUGCUGUCAAGCUUAUAUCCAAGAUUGCUGAACGCAAAAUCAUUGUCAGGGUUACACAUCGGGUUGAAUUAUAG